UGUCGCUGUGGUUGUGUUGGGUUUUUGUUUUCUGAAUGCGUUUUGGACCUUUUUGGUUUGAAUUUUCUGAAAUAACUCAGCAUUGGUGUACAUGUUCAAACUGAAUAACAGGUAGUGCUGUUCAUGGUUAUUUUUUUUAUAUGCAGGGGGAAGCUCUCUAUUAACUUGAACAAUAACAAACUUAUAUAUGCUUCUUCAAUCUGCAACUACUUGGAUAUAUGGGACCUUUCUUUGGAGAGAGAUGAGGAAGAAGAGGCCGAGUUCAAAGCUCAAAUGAAAGAGCAAGUCAAUGCACCAACAGAUUUACCCCCCACAACUUCUCUUCGUCCAUCAGACAGUUACCUUACCGCUCAAAAAAAAAAGAAAAACAGGAAUCCUCCAAGCUGCAUUGAUUUAUUAGUACAAGACUACAAGCUAGUUUUGAUGAACUUACGGAGAUCUCAAGUUGAGUUGCGUGAUCAGGUUGUAGAUUUGACAUUGCCUAGUAUUGAUAAGGAUUUGAGAUUAGAAAGUGAAACUGAUCAUCUUCCUCUUCAAGCAAACUCGAAGAAAAGAGGAGAAUAAAUAUUCUUGUAUUUCCAGAUGGAUUCCGAGUUGGAUAGCUCAUAUUGGAGUGAUCGAUAUGGAUAACUCAUUCUUCUUUGCUUUAUGUCUUUUUGCUCCCAUUUUUAUUUCUUCUUUAUUUGUUCUGUAACGCGACUUUAUUGUAAGUUGUUAUCUUUUCUUUUCGUGGUAAUACUUGCUUUGAGGUUCGUAGUUUAUGAUAUUCCAAUUACAAUGCAAAAUCAGUUGCAUUUGUCUUAA